AUAUAUUUUUGAAUUUUAACUGUAUUUAAAAUAUUAUAUAAAUUGCAUUUUAUUUUAGAUAUUAAAUAAUCCGUCGUUUUCCUUUGAAAGAGAGUUUUGGAUUUGAAAGCCUCUGAUCCUUUCGAUUUUCUUCACUGAUUUCUGUCAUUAACCUUCGUCUUGGCUUUUAUGGAGAUUUGAUUUAACUCACACUUUACGAGUGUUGCAGUGUGUGAUGGAUUCGGAUAAUCUCUUGUCUGCGGGUGGGCUUGAGGUUGCCCAUCAAAAUGGUGUUUAUCCGCAACUUCGGGUGUCUGGGGACGACAGUGGUAUUUUGAAUAAUGUUAAUGGAAAUGCUGAGGAAACUGUCGGGACUUGUUCGCAGAAUGGAAUAGAUGACAAUGGAGCAACUAUGGAAGCUAGAGAACCAUCGAAUGACUUAGUCGAUAACAAUGGAUCAAUUGGUUCUAAGGAAGGGGAAGUAAAUGAUCAUGUGAAUGUGAAGCAAUCCAAACCUCAGAAGGUUCAAAGCAAGACCAAGAAUGAGAAGCCCUCUGGUACCAGAAAUGCUUCUUCAGCUUUAAUGAAGAAAAGUAAAGAUGGAAAAACUGCAGAGGUGAGGUUGACAGCAUCGAAUGGCGGAUCUGUGGCUACAAAUUCACAUCUGAAACAGCCUCUGAAAAAUAGAUCAUGUAAUGAAAGACAAGCCAAUGCAUCCAAGGGUUCUGAAAAACCGGAUGCAGCCUUCUCUGAAGGCCCUACGGAGAAACCCAAGCUGAAGCCUCUUAAGAAGGGGCCUCUUAAUAAAGCUGAAGGAGACACAGAGUCCUCCCCCAUGGCAGCAGAUGCCAAACCCCGUAAGGUUGCUAGUCUUCCAAAUUAUGGUUUCAGUUUCAAGUGUGAUGAACGAGCCGAGAAAAGGAAAGAGUUCUACACCAAACUUGAGGAAAAGAUUCAGGCAAUGGAAGUAGAAAAGAGCAACUUGCAAGCCAAGUCCAAGGAAACUCAAGAAGCAGAGAUCAAAAUGUUUAGGAAGAGCUUGAACUUUAAAGCAACUCCAAUGCCAAGCUUCUAUCAGGAGCCUCCACCCCCUAAAGUGGAAUUAAAGAAGAUACCACCAACAAGAGCUAAAUCUCCAAAGCUUGGUAGAAGAAAAAGCUCAACUCCUUCGGACUCUGAUGGUAACAGCAAUAGCGGUCACCAAUCAGUCCAGCUAAGUCUGGAUGAGAAAGCAUUUCAGAGCACCUCUUCUAAAGUAAUUUCUCCUGUCAAUGCAAAGAAGCCACAGCGGAAAUCACUUCCCAAACUGCCUUCUCAGAAGACUAGUCUGUCUGGUUCAACAAAUGACGAAAAGACAUCUAAUACGUCCAGCCAGAAAAAGGUAAAUGCACCUAAAGCAUCUACCAAGGGAAAGAUAGCCUUGCCUAAAGCAAUAAAUGAAGAAUUAUCUCCAACCCAACUGCAGCCAGCAGUUUCUGCUGCUGGUUCAGAUGAAAGUCAGCGAGACAUUGAUCAAGUGGACUUGGUUCAAGAGCCGAUUGCACUGGAGCAUUAAGCAUGGCAAUGGUUUCAAGUGGAUGUUCAUAUACAAAGUUCUUGACCUGAAUUUGCCUAAAUAAGGACGUCUAAGACUGAAUUAUUUGAUGAUCAAGGCAUAAAAAAGAUUAUACAUUACCGGUUAUGAUGUUGUCUUCUCCGAUAUCAGCAGCCUUGGUUAUUUGGUGUGUUGCUUGCAAAGCUUGCUGGGUUUGUUGUUAGGAUUCUGCAUUCCUGUUUGCAGCACUGUAUCUCAAUUGUUUACUAAGUUGACCUAAUUUAUGUUGUUUAAGGAUGACCUAUUGAACAUAAUUUGGAAAAUUUUGGAGUCAUCUGUUGUUGCUGUUAGAUAAUCCAUGAUCGAAUCGGGUUUGCCUGAA